UUAAGGACACCCCACUUCCUCUCUGCUGGUUUCGUGAAGCUUCCGAUCAGCUGUCGGUCACUGGGGUUUAAAUUCCUUAAAUUAAUUUACUACAGGAGGACUUUGUAGCGUAUUAUGUCCUCCAACAACAUGGCAGACCCGAGGAGGCAAAAUAAGAUUUUAAGGUACAAGCCCCCCAGCACAGAGACCAACCCCACGUUGGAGGACCCCACUCCUGACUACAUGAACCUGCUCGGCAUGAUCUUCAGCAUGUGUGGACUGAUGCUCAAGCUGAAGUGGUGCGCCUGGAUUGCAGUCUACUGCUCUUUCAUCAGCUUUGCAAACUCCAGAAGCUCAGAGGACACAAAACAGAUGAUGAGCAGCUUCAUGUUGUCUAUCUCAGCAGUUGUGAUGUCCUACCUCCAGAACCCACAGCCGAUGUCUCCGCCAUGGUAACCGAGGGCCAAUCACAGACGAGCACAGAAGUGAACUGUGGGUGACGAGUCGGCCGAUUUUAACCCAACCUCCCCCCUCUGGUCAUCUAUGAGGAAGAACAGAGACAGAUAAUGCGAUGGAAAGAGAAGACGUGAGAGAAAACAGAUGACCAGGAAGUGAGACACGACGUCAAGAUGGAAAGAUCUAAUAUGGACUUUGUUUUCAUAUUUUUUCUGUUGUUUUUUUUUCACCUUUUCUAAGUCUUUUGUUCUUUGAUGAAAACUUUUACUGUGUGGAUGAGCUGUGGUUUAAAGUCGUGAAUAAAGUUGUACGGUUUUAAAAAAGGA